AUGUCUACACCACAGCAAGAUGUCCAGAUGCCCGCAGAGGAGAAGCCCAAGGAGCAAAAGAGCAUGGCCGACAAUGACAAGGACUCGUUCUACUUCUCGUUCUACUCCAACCUCCAGAACCAGGCCAACAUGAUUGGAGAUGUGUCGAGGACAGGCACAUACCGCAAGGCAAUUCUGGGCAAUGCCGCCGUGGCAAUCAAGGACAAGGUCGUCUUGGACGUCGGCGCGGGCUCAGGCAUCCUGUCGUACAUGGCGGCACAGGCGGGCGCAAAAGAAGUGGUCGCGCUCGAGGCGUCAUCGAUGGCGGACAAGAUGCAGAUCGCGAACCGCGGCGAGGGUAACCCGCAUCUCGCCAACAAGGUGCGAAUUGUGCGCGGUAUGGUCGAGGACAAGUACGUCCAGGAAGCAGUGCUCAAGAAUGGCAAGGUGGACACGAUCGUGUCCGAGCCCAUUGGUGUUAUGCUCCUGCACGAACGCAUGGUCGAGUCAUUCCUCCUCGCACGCGACCUGUUCCUCAAGCCAGGCGGCAGCAUUCUGCCUUCGUCUGGUCAAAUCCACUUUUGCCCAUUCUCCGACGAAGGGCUGUACAACGAGACCGAGCAAAAGGCAGCGUUCUUCAACCAGACCCUGUUCGGCACCGACUUCCACGCGUUGUUCAAGGCAGCUCGUGAGGAGGCGUUUGCUCAGCCCGUUGUUGGCAUCUUCCCUCCCACAACACUCAUGUCGGCGCCAUGCCAGCCGACGACGUUUGACUUUUACACUUGCGCCAUCAAGGACCUGCUCGACUUUUCUGUGCCCAUCAACUUUGUGGCGUCGCGCACGGCUAUCAUGCACGGUCUCGCCUCCUGGUUUGACCUCGACUUUGACGCCCACGAGUCCACCAAGCCUACCGACGAGGACACUGAGGCCGACGACCUUGAGCAGGCGCAAUGGGCAUUCCCCGUCCCCACUGCCGGAUACCCGUGGCUCGGCGCUGAGCAGCCUCUCAACCCGGGUGCUGCUCCCGACGCUCCUCGCAAGGGUGUCAAGGUGACACUGUCGACGGGCCCCAACGCGACCCGCACCCACUGGCAGCAAGCCCGUCUCCUCCUUCCAGAGCCUCUGGCCGUCAACCGUGGCGAGCUCGUUGUCGGAUCGGUUCGGUUCAAGGUCAACAAUGCGCGUUCUUACGACCUCACGCUCGACCUUUCCGUGGACCGCGGUGUCCCCGCACCGGACCCGAACCCGUUGAGGCGAAUUGCCACCUACAACCUGCAGCACCAGACGUUCAACUACUCGUACACUGGCGAGACGUCUUGGGACGCAACACGUUUCAACGCAUAG